UGGUAGCUGUGUGAGAUCAGUUCAGACCUAACACACCACUCCGAGAAGGGUGAAGAAUGGCGAGAGAGAAGAUCAAGAUCAAGAAGAUUGAUAACGUAACGGCCAGGCAAGUCACCUUCUCUAAGAGGAGGCGAGGUCUCUUUAAGAAAGCGGAAGAGCUUUCUGUUCUCUGUGACGCCGAGGUUGCUCUCAUCAUUUUCUCAGCUACUGGCAAGCUCUUUGAAUACUGCAGCGCCUCCAGCAUGAAGGACACAAUUUCAAGGCAUAAUCUGCACUCUAAUAACAUCGGAAACCUUGACCAACCAUCGCUUGAACUGCAGCUGGAAAAUAGCAACCACAUCAGAUUGAGUAAGGAAGUUGCUGAUAAGAGCCAUGAACUACGACAAAUGCAAGGAGAAGAUCUUAAAGGAUUGAAUCUAGAGGAAUUACAGCAACUCGAAAAAAUGCUUGAAUCAGGACUUGGGCGUGUUCUUGAAACAAAGAGUGAACGGAUUAUGAGCGAGAUCUCUUCACUUGAAAGAAAGGGAGCACAACUAUUGGAGGAGAAUAGACAGCUAAAACAGAAGGUGGCCAACUUGUAUAACGGAAAAAGCCUCGUCCUAGCUGAUUCAGAAAUCUCAAUCCAGGAAGAAGGGUUGUCAUCAGAAUCUGCUACUAAUGUUUGCAGCUGCAGCAGCGGCCUGCCUACAGAGGAUGACAGUUCUGAUACUUCUCUCAAAUUAGGGCUUCCCUUCUCUUGCUGA